AUCAGGUGCCAGCACUAGGCCAACGCGCAACGUUUACCAACACCACAAAAAUAUGUAAACAAAAAUCUAUACAUAGUGUACGUAAAGCAGGCAACUAUUGACCCCAAAUACGACAUAAGCGCCACCCCACGAUACAAAACUGUAGUUUUUGUGUCAAGCAAACAGAACGCACACAGACACACAAACACACAUACAGACACAUGCAACGCAAUUGACGCCCCCCAAAGAAACCCCAACAAAAAAAGUAACGAUUCGUCAUCGAUUUAAGGCAAAAGCUAAACAAUGGAGCGGAGGUGCAUUGAAAAUUAAAAAAUUCUUAAUUGAAAUUGAACAAAAAUAGAAAUAAGUUUAUCUAACUGCAAGAAAAUGCGCAUUUCAUAAACUUACUCGAAUAAACAAAAGGGAAAGAAAUUCGUAGCGAAACGAAAUAAAACAACCUUGAAGUAAAUCGCACACACAAACACACACACACACACUCACACACAGUUGAGCCUACAUAAUGGAUGAUAAUUUGAGCACGAAAUCCUCGGAGUCUUCGAUUACAACCAGUGGUGAAUACGAGAUUGUGAAUGAUAGCAAUGUGGCUACACCGCUGGAGCAAUUGGCAUCACCGCCAGCGGCGUCCACAGUGGGUGCCCAAGUGACCGAAUCACUGAGUGCUCUGCCGGUUUCACCGGGUGUCGGCGAUGCUGGCGGCGAUCGCUCACCCACUUUGGACAUGGCGCACAAUCGCAAUCUAAGCGACAUCAAGCACGAGAUGACGGACGCGCUGCGUGACCUGCAUCUGGAACGCAACAGCUUGGCUGCCAAUACAGCAGCUGUCAACGAUAAGACGCGUCAUCAGCAGCAGCAGCAGCAGCAGCCUCAGCCUCAACAGCCGCAACGAACGGAGCAACAACAAAAAUCAUUGACUUUGCCAUUAGCUGGGCGGAAAGCACAGACCGAGACCGCUGGCGAUACGGAAAUGCGUUUCAAAUGCAAUCUAUUCUCGCCCAAGGGCUGCGAUGAAUCAGAGGAUGCAUCCAAUUCGGAGCACAAUCGUGUCGGUCAGUCGGUGUUCUAUGAUUGCAUCGAUGCGAGUCCCGCCUGCAUUGAGGAGAAACAGGAUGCCAUGAAGCCAGAGAAAGGCGACACCACCGAUGAGGAGGUUUCAGAAAUCGAUCAGGGCUGCACUAUAUUCGCCGGUGUUACCUACUUGGGCGCUGCCAAUAUCAAUGCCCCCAAGUCGGAGACAGAUGUUUAUCGCAUCAUGUGCGAACUGAACAGCGGCUCCAAGUCGGUGGGCCUCAAGAUCACUGUCAGCAUACCCAAUUGUUCCGAUGGACUGGUUGUUCUACACGAUGCGGAGAGCAAUACGAUUAUAGCUACCUAUGAAAUAUCAAGCAUUAUAUUGUAUUAUCGCGGUCCCGUGGACACCGCAGAGAACGGCUGCUUCGCUUUCACAUGGUUGCAUGGAGAAGCUUUGUUCCAGUGCCAUGUGUUCCGCUGCCAUAUACCCGAGGCAGUAAACCAAGUGAGCGCUUGCUUUCAGAAGGCAUUCCAAACGUAUGCGCCCAGCAUGAGCUGCAGUUUGACCUCGGCUGUGGAUAUGGCUAACUCGGUGACGUCGGAUAUCAGUGGAAAUCCCCUAAAUACCGCUGGAUAUGAAUUUAUUGUUUCGCUGGAAAUACGCGAAAAGGUAGCCAAGAACUCGUAUGCAGCUGUGCCGCGUGAUCGAGGCUGCUUCAAGCUGCGCGCCAACACGGACAAGGAGGUGUGCAUCACAGUCAAGCAGACGGCAUCGAAUGUCCUGCAGCCCCUGUACAUUGAGCGCUGCUUUGGUGUACUCGUCGCACCCGGCAAGCUGGUAGUCCAAAAGGAUAUGCAUCUGAUUGACAUGCUGAAUAUGGGCUAUGUGCAGGUCCCGGGUGCGAGCACCGAGCCCGACUCGGUGAGCGCCUGCCUGAAUGCCUAUGCCAUACGGGCCGAGUGGAAGGCGCAGGAGAAGGCAUUCGAGCAACUCAAUCAGGAAACGUCCAAAACAAACCUGACCGUCGCCGUGGACAUUGUCAUGCGUGGCAUACAGGAGCCGGUGCGCUUUGUCAUUGAGACGCCGGUGAGCAUUCAGUCGGCCAGCGAAAUGCGCAUCAGGGAUCACUUCAUGUCCAAGCGGCCGAUGACGCUGCGCUUCUAUUUGCAUCUGAAGCGCACAGACGAACUCAACUGGAAGGUGAACAGUAUUGAUCCCUCGGAGGAGAUUACCGAUCUUCAGGCCGGCCAACAAGGCUCCUCGGCUCUGUUCCUCAAGCUGGGCAUGACAAAUUUAUCGCGCAUUGUGCGCAGCUCGUCCAUUGCGUCCAUUGAGGAUGAUUGUCCCACAGAUUACAGCAGCGACGGCGAUGAGCCGCUGCUCAGCGGCACUGGCGAAGUGUCCAAGGACUGCUCGCAGGAUACCCUCGAUGAAUGGGAUCCCAUAUUGCGGGAAUGGGACGGCGAGAAGCGACCCAAAAAUCUGGCGCCCUUGGUGCGUCUGGGUGUGCCCGAGGCGCUGCGCGAAAAAAUCUGGCAGAAGCUGGCCAAUGUGGAGGGCAAGGUGGAAAUGAAUGACAUGUACAAGAUUCUAAUCACCAAAGAAACCAAAUGUGAGACAGUCAUACAGCGGGACAUACAUCGCACCUUUCCGGCGCACAAGUGUUUCAAGGAGACCGGCGGCUCGGGUCAGGAUGCCCUGUUCAAGGUGUCCAAGGCAUAUGCCGUCCAUGACAGCGAGGUGGGCUACUGCCAGGGCCUCAGCUUCAUAGCAGCCAGUUUGCUGAUCCAUAUGCCAGAGGAGGAUGCCUUCUGCGUGCUGGUCUCUCUAAUGUACGACUAUGGACUGCGUGAUCUCUACAAGGCCGGCUUUGAGGUGCUCUAUCUGCGGCUCUAUCAGCUGGAGCGUCUUAUUAAGGAUCAGUUACCGAAGCUGCAUGAACAUUUCACAGCUUGCGGUAUUGAGACGCACAUGUACGCCUCCCAGUGGUUCCUAACUUUGUAUACGGCCCGGUUUCCGUUAUGUUUUGUAUUCCAUGUGCUCGACGUAUUCCUGCUGGAUGGCUUGCCUGUGCUGUUCCAGGUGGCCGUCACAUUGCUGUCAAUCUGUGAAUCGGAUUUACGUCAGCUCGAUUUUGAGGGCAUUUUAAAGUAUUUCCGGGUCACGUUGCCCAAGAAGUGUCGCAGUUCGAGUCAGGCGCGCAAAAUCAUGAAGCAGGCGUGCGAGCGCAAGAUCAAAAAACUAAAGCAGUACGAGGAGGAAUUUCUGCUUAAAAAGCAGCACAGGGAGCGACUGGAGAAGGAGGCACAAAUCUAUGAAAGUCGCUUCGGCGAGGAGCGACGCAAGCUCCAAGCAGAGAUUGACUCGCUGUCGCAGCAGCUGGCUGCAGCCAACGAGCGGGCUGUGGAAAAGGAAAAGAAGCACACGGGCAUCAUUCAGGAGUACAAGCAGAUCAUACAAAGGCAGGAGCAGGAUAUGAAUACGCUAAACGAGACGCUGGGAAAGUUUAUGCACACGGUUUCCAAGUGCUCGCAGUGCCUGCAGGUGAUCGAUGUGGGCAACGACAAUGCCAAGCAGCAGUCAGGCAGUGGCAGCCUUAAGCGGCACUCGGCUCCUAUACGCAAUGCGAAUGAUGCGCCUCUGGGUCCGCUAGAUCCAUUGAAUGCCGCUGCGCAGCGAAUACGUGAAUUGGAGCUGGAGCUCGCGCAGACCAAGCUAGCGCAAGUGGAGGCCGAAUGCAAGAAUCAAGACCUAAACCAUCAGCUAAACAAUACGCUCAGCGAGCUACAAACCAAUCGGAACAGCUGGCAGCCCUGGCUCUCAAAGACCUUCAAUUCGCUGCAGGAGAAGGUGACCACGCGCAGCGGCCAACCGCAUCGCUCCGAUCAGCCCGGACCCACAUUCCAAUCGUACAUGAGUCAGGGGCCGACCACGGUCAGCGAGGCCAGCUCCCCAAGCGCCAAUCAGGAGUACAAAGCGUUUGCCUUUGCUUCGGUUGGCGGCUCACCGAAAUUGCCCACAAAAUUUCAGGCCACUAAAUUGCGCAACAGCAUCGACAGUUUGCGCAACAUUGUUGUUCCCUUGGAAACCAGCAAAUCGCUGCUCGCCGAGAAUCUCAAGCAGCAGCUGCAGUCGCAACCAUAGAUAUAUGACGCAUAAACGUAUAUCUCUAAAAAUGUAGACUGUUCUGGCUAGCAGGCAGUCUUACGCCUAUCGUAUUCGUCUAUAUACAUACAUACUAUAUAUAUG